GGGCCCGAGGAGCUCCUGGUGCCCACCCAGGGGGGCCCCGUGCGCGGCUUCCGCGUCCCCGCCGGGCCCCCCCCGCUCGCCGCCGCCGCCUUCCUGGGGAUCCCCUACGCCGAGCCCCCCCUGGGGCCCCUGCGCUUCGCCCCCCCCCGCCCCGCCCGGCCCUGGCCGGGGGUCCUGGAGGCCACGGCCCACCCCCACGCCUGCUUCCAGCCGGUGGACACCAUGUUCCCGGGCUUCGGCGGCUCCGAGAUGUGGAACCCCAACCGGGAGAUGAGCGAGGACUGCCUCUACCUCAACGUCUGGGCGCCCUCGCCGCGCCCGCCGGCGCCGGCGCCGGUGCUGGUCUGGAUCUACGGCGGCGGCUUCUACAGCGGGGCGGCCUCGCUGGACGUCUACGACGGGCGCUUCCUGGCCGCCGCCGAGGGGGUGCUGGUGGUCUCCAUGAACUACCGGGUGGGCGCCCUGGGCUUCCUGGCGCUGCCCGGCCACCCCGAGGCCCCCGGCAACGUGGGGCUGCUGGACCAGCGGCUGGCGCUGCGUUGGGUGCAGGCCAACAUCGCCGCCUUCGGGGGCGACCCGGGCGCCGUCACCCUGUUUGGCGAGAGCGCCGGCGCCGCCUCGGUGGGGCUCCACCUGCUGUCGGGGGCCAGCCGGGGGCUGUUCCGGCGCGCGGUGCUGCAGAGCGGCUCGCCCAACGGGCCCUGGGCCACCGUGGGCGCCGCCGAGGGCCGGCGCCGGGCGGCGCGGCUGGGCCGGCUGCUGGGCUGCCCCGGGGCGGGCGCGGGCGGCGCGGUGACCAACGAGACGGAGCUGCUGGGCUGCCUGCGCGCCGCGCCGCCGCCGCGGCUGGUGGAGCACGAGGCGGCCGUGCUGCCGCAGCAGGGCGUGUUCCGCUUCGCCUUCGUGCCCGUGGUGGACGGCGACUUCCUGGCCGACACGCCCGAGGCGCUGCUGGGCGGCCCCGGCAGCGCCGAGGCCGAGGUGCUGCUGGGCGCCGUGCAGGACGAGGGCACCUACUUCCUGGUGUACGGCGUGCCGGGCUUCGGCAAGGACAACGAGAGCCUCAUCAGCCGCGAGGAGUUCCUGGGCGGGGUGCGCCUGGGGGUGCCGCAGGCCAACGAGCUGGCGGCCGAGGCGGUGGUGCUGCAGUACACGGACUGGCUGGACCAGGACAACCCCGUGAAGAACCGCGAGGCGCUGGACGACAUCGUGGGCGACCACAACGUGGUCUGCCCCCUGAUGCACUUCGCCCAGCGCUGGGCCGAGCGCGGCGGCACCGUCUUCGCCUACCUGUUCGACCACCGCGCCUCCAACCUGCUGUGGCCGCCCUGGAUGGGGGUCCCGCACGGCUACGAGAUCGAGUUCGUCUUCGGGCAGCCCCUCAACCCCGGGCUCAACUACACGGCCGAGGAGGAGCAGCUGAGCCGGCGCAUCAUGAGAUACUGGGGCAACUUCGCCAGGACCGGGUAACGGCACCGCGGGGAGGGAGGGAGGGGUGGGAGAGGAAA